CAAAAACAAAAACACCACGAUUUUUUUAACAUCUUGAUUUCGUCAAAUAGAUAAUUGAUGAUGUCUCAAGAGUCUCAAGUUCUAAGUACAGUGUCAUCCCUCGACAGUGGUCAGGGUGAUUCAAUAUGUACUCCAAAAAGAGUCCAAAAAUGUUUAUUCAACAAGCCAGAUGGUAGUUCAAGUAAAAGAAAUUUAAUGAAGCUAUUAAAUUCAAUUGACAUUGACACAACUGCUGAUAAAUCUGGUGAUGAAUCAGAUCUUGGUCCAAUGUCACCACUUGCAUUGACUGACAGGAGCAGUAACUAUGACAGUUCACCAGGUAGACAAUAUGAUUCACCAUUUACAAGUCCAGAAAAACAAUCACCAAGAAGUACUGAUGAUUGGGACAGACUACGACCAUUAGCAAGAAAUAAAAAUAAUCAUGAUCAUCAGCUAACACCAUUUAGCCAUCUUAAAAAAAUAACAAGAGCUGCACGUUCAUCACCAUCACGUAAAUUAUACAAUAUUUUAUCACCAAAAUUAAUUCCAUUAACACCAGAACGUUACGAUAAUCCAAAUGAUAACACAAUGUUUAAUAAUUAUGAUGACGAUACAAUAAUACCAGAGACACCACAAAAAGAUAAUUCUAGUAUAACUGAAACACCCAAGAAAAAAAAUCAUUCAGAAAAACGUAUGAACACACCAAUUGGUUCAAUAAGCCAAAGUAUCAUAACAGUACCACCAUUACAUCGUAGAAAAUCAUUGAGUGCACUUGAUAAUUGUGAAACAUCAUCACCAGAAAAUACAACAUUAAAAAGAUCAUAUCCAACUGAUGACAACAACAAAUCAAAUGCCAAAAAUAAAAUUGCCAAAAUUGAUGAUAAUACAUUCACAACAUCAAGAGCACGUGCAUCAUUAUUUCAAGAAGAUAAUAAUCAAAAUUUACCAACAAAAUGUAACUUUACAUUAAGUACAAAAUCAUUUUAUAAUAAUAAUAAUAUUGAUGAUAAUAAAAUAUCAUCAUGUUUUGGUUGGAAAAAAAUUGAACCAAUCAAAAAAAGACACAGUUUACCAUCAGUACAGUCAAAUAGUAGACGUUCUGGUGGUUAUUUAAAAAAAUUAAAAACAAAUGGUUGUAUUAAUGCUGGUGUUAUGCAUGGUAUUAAAAAGAAAAAAAAAUUAACAAAACGUCGUAGUGAUAGAUUGAGUAUUGGUGCUAAUAAAAGUACUGAUGAUAAAAAAAAUUCACCAGUUAAUAAAAUAAAUGAGCCAAUGACAGUUGUUGAUAAUGUUGAAGAAAAUGAAAAUAUUACAUUAAAUGAGACUGAUAAUACAGAUAAGGUUAUAAAUAAAAUUGUAAAACAACCAGUGAAUGUUAAAAAAAUAAUAGUUAGACCACCAUCACCAGUUGAAGAUCCAAAUAAAAGAUUUUUCAAAACAAAUAGAACAUUAAAAUCAAAUAAUAUUGCAACAAUAACUGUCAAUGAAAAUAUAAAAUUAAAUGUAUCAGAUGGUAAAUUUGCAUUAAAAGAAAAACGUAAAUUAUCAUCAAAAUUUUGUUAUCCAAUUAAAAAACAAAAAGUUAAUGAUUUGAUAUUUGAUACAACUGAUUUGUGUGUUGAUGAGCCUGAAUUUAAUACAUCUAUUGAAAAAAAACAAAUGGAUGGAAUAUUGAAAGUACUGGAAGAUGAUUGGGCAGUUGAUGAUUAUGACACAAUGGAACCAUUGAUGAAUCAAUCAAAGCCAAAAUCACCAAUGAAAAAAUUAACAAAUGUCAGUUUGUUAAUGUCACCAGGUAGUGUAUUGAGUGACAUGACAUCAUCAAUGAAUAUUAAGGAUCAAGCUGGAAUGAUGAUUGAUGAACAAAUGAAAAUACAAAAUGAUAAUGUUGUUGGUGGUGGUGGUGGUGAUGAAGGUGGUACAGCUGAGACAAGUCAACAGAUCAACUCUACAGAACAACAAAAAUAUUAUCCAUUAUUUGCCAAAGGAUACAAAGACACCAUUGAAGUUCCUAGUGAUGAUAAAAAACGUGGAGUCAAAAGAGGAUGGGGUGGUGGAGAAAUGCAAUAUCAGCUUGAUGCUGGACAAAAACGUUUUGGUGCAACUCAAUGUAAUGAAUGUGGUGUUAUUUAUCAAAUGGGUGAACCAGAAGAUGAAAAUUCACAUUUAAUUUAUCACAAUAGUUUUAAAAUUCUUAAAUUUAAUGGAUGGAAAAAUGAACAUGUUAUUAUGGAGGAUAUAUAUACAGCAAGUCGUAUAAUAACAAUUAAAAAAACAGAUCCAAAACAUUGUUGGAAAAAAGUUGAAGAAGUACUUGGUGUUGUUGAUCGUGAUUUGGGUCUUGCUGAUAUGGAACUAACUGAUUAUCAGGACAAAACAAUAUAUCUUUAUAUCAGAGAUAAAAAUGUUUUAGGUGUAUUAAUUGCUGAAAGUAUUAAAGAAGCUCAUCAAAUGAUUCCUGAACUUGCUGAUUUAAAUUGUUGUUCAACUGAAAGCACUCCAGCAAAAUGUGGUGUCAAUGUUAUUUGGACAGCAAUGAGCCAUCGUAGACAACAUAUUGCUACAAAAUUACUUGAUAUUUUACGAACUAAUUAUUUUUAUGGAUAUAUUUUGUCACUUGAUGAUAUUGCAUUCUCAAUGCCAACACCAACUGGUAGACAAUUUGCUGCAAAAUAUUUUGGUUCACUUAAUUUUAAAGUAUACAGUUAAAUUAUUUUUUUAAAAUUAUUUUCAUAGACAAUUUUGUUUUUAUUUUUUUUAUUUUAUGAUUAGAUAAUUAUUAUUAAUCAUCCAUGACUUUGGUAAUUAUUUAUACCAUUCAAUUAUUCAUGUCAGAUUAAUUGAUAAACGUAAAU